AUGGCGCUCGAGAACGAUGAUCUCAUGUCUCCACCUUCGGGUGUCACUCCCCUCAUCCUCAACGUCACCAUCGUGGGACGCGACAGUGGCAAGACGGAUGAGAUCGUUCGUCUUUUGAAAAAGAUCCAGAGCAAGGCUCUUUCGGACCAGGAGCCUGGAACUUCGGUGGUGAGUCUCCGCAAUCACGAGUCGUCGUAACGAGUGAUGGCAGAGCUUUGUACUUGCGCCUCGGGGCGCUUCGAUAGGCUGCUGUGACGUGUAAAGCGCAUAUAUGCGUUCCACACAUCCCCCGCAGACUGACUUCAAGCUGCUCAAGAAUUCAAGAUCCUGUAUUUGACCUGCCGAGUAUUGUCCCGCGUGUGACUAAGCUGACACCGCGCCCUCGCUUGUGCAUGUUGUGCACCUCGUCUUGCUAGUACCGCAUCACCCGCGGAGCUGUCGACAAGAACGUUGUCAACGUCUACGAGGUCUACAACGAUGCUGCUGCCAUGGCUGUGAGUAGCUUGGAGCACAAAAUCACUGCCGUUUUGGGGGACAUGUCUUGCAUGCCACGCCGCUGAAACGUUGCACGGUUUUCUCCUCGUGCUCUGCAGUUCCACACGGAAAAUGCCGACUUCAAGGAGCUCGUCUCGCGCGGAGAGGAGCUCGCCUCGGAGCUUCAAACCAAGGUUCGUGCUCAGAUAUUUCGAUGCGUGAACGGUCCGCACAAACCAAGUAGCUGACGCGUCCCACACUCUUGGAACUUCCCAAAAGUGGUUCAGCGAUGUCUGA